AUUUCCUGCAAAGCCAACUGAAUCCUUUUUUUAUGAAGCCAGACUACCAAAAUUGGACACCGUACAGUGGAUAGGACCAUAUUGUUCAAUGCAGAGUUUAUUUGCAAAGAUGAAAUCUACCGAUCCAGAAGGUCACGAACCUGUCCCGAGGAGAUACUGACACAUAUCUGGGAUAAUGGAAAAUUAGACACAGGAUGUUGAUUUUAUAGCCUUAUUGGUAUCAGAGCAGAAGGCAGUAAACUUGACAUGUAUCAUUUGCAGAGCAAUUCACUCAGCAAGAUGAAAUUUAACCAUGUGUAUCCUUCAAUAUUUGGCAUUUCAGGUGGAUACCUGCCAUCAUAAUGCAAUGUAUGCAGUUAAAUGUCUUCUGCAAUCAAAAUGUCCAAGGGAUUAUGUUGAUAUUUUAAGAUGUAUGAAAUACAUGUAUGUACCAACCAUCAGCAUUACCAACAUUGCCAAUACAGUUGCUAAAAUGGACAAUAGGACACUCUUUUACACGAAUGCUUAGUCCCUGAAAUAGAGAACAUCAAAUUCUAAAGCUAAAGAAGAGAAAUUGGAAAAAUCAAUGGCCCUCCUUGAUGAUGAGUGACCCAAAACAUAAAUGGAUAAAGUGAUUUAUCCCUUGACUGGAACUGAUGCGAAGUACAUGUUGUUUGAUUGGUUUCAUCAGGUAUCUUCGACACUCGACUUUUGUGAAAGAAUUGGCUGGGAUUGUAAAUACUCGAGCAGCAGAGCAACUUCCAUGACAAGUACCAUGACAAAGCCAGAGAUAAUUGUACCGAACUGUGUGACAAAAGCCAAAAAUGUGCGGACAAGAAUAUUCAUUGGUGACCAAAUUGAUGAAUGCAAAGAUCUUUCAGGCCUUUACUAUAUGCUGCCAUUUCAAAAGGGUUUCCUUAUCAAUUGGGAUAUGGAAAAGCAAAUUUGGGACCAUGUUUUUGGAAAAGAUGGCUUAAAGGUGGAUUUUAAUAAUACGUCAUUAAUUGUCACAGAACCUUGCUUUAACUUUGAAUCCAUACAAGAGUCCAUGAAUGAAAUUUUCUUUGAAGAAUACCAGUUCAAAGAAAUCUACAGAUGCAAUGCAUCACACCUGAGCCAGUACAAAUCUGAAAAGGAGUCAACAAACAAACGCCUGUGUACGAUGGUGAUUGACUCCGGUUACUCCUUCACACAUCUCGUCCCAUUCUACAAAAACAAAAAACUCAAGGAAUCCAUAAGAAGAGUGAAUGUAGGUGGCAAAAUUUUGACGAAUCAUCUGAAGGAAAUAAUCUCAUACAGACAGUUGAUGGUGAUGGACGAGACGUACGUGGUGAACCAGCUCAAGGAAGACGUCUGCUACGUCUCGUCACAGUUCAUCAAGGACAUGGAAAUCACACAAAAAAAGGGCAAAGGAAACACGGUGGUACGGGAUUAUGUGUUACCAGAUUAUACACACAUUAAGAGAGGCUAUGUACGGACACUGGAAGAAACCACUGGCAAGGCGAAGGACAACGAACAGCUGAUUCGCAUGAAUAACGAAAGAUUUGCUGUCCCAGAACUGUUGUUCCAGCCUUCAGAUGUUGGAAUUCAUGAGACGGGGAUCCCAGAAGCAAUUCUUCAUUCUGUCAACUCAUUAUCAGAAGAAAUGAGACCUCACAUGUUGGCAAAUAUUAUUUUAACUGGUGGAAACUGCCAUAUUCCAGGAUUCAAAGAGCGUGUAUAUGCUGAUGUAAGAAGCUUGGCUCCAGAUGAGUAUGAUGUUCAUGUUACACUUCCAAAAAAACCUAUGACCUAUGCUUGGGAAGGUGGUACGAUGCUUGCAGGAGACCCCAACUUUUCCAGACUGGUCGUCACACGACAGGAGUAUGACGAAUAUGGCCACAGCAUCUGUUCUGAAAGAUUUGAUGUGUGACAUUCAUGUUGUAAACCGGCCUCUGUGGUGUCGUGGUUAGGCCAUCAAUCUACAGGCUGGUAGGUACUGGGUUUGGAUCCCAGUCGAGGCAUGGGAUUAUUAAUCCAGAUACCGACUCCAAACCCUGAGUGAGUGCUCCG